ACUAAUGAAUACUAUCAUAGUGGAACAAUGAUAUUGAAGUGACCUAUUUCUUAGGGAAUAAACCAUCAAGAAACUCUUAUAGAAAUGUAUACAAGUUCUGCACUGAAGGAAUUUUAAGUACAACAACUUCAAGCUAAAGAGUUCAUGUUCUCUUUAUUAUCAGAGCUACCAUAAUUGAUAAAUUUGUUGCAUUAAUGUAAAGCACUCGACUAGUAAGUUUACCGUUACACUUGCAAACUUGCGACUGGCAUUUCCUUUUACUCUUUGUAUACUAACCCUCUUGUAGUAUAAAUGUGAUAUUUAAGUGCUUCGGAAUAAAAAUGUUUUGCUGGUUUCUUUCUCAGCUGACUUAAGUAGGUGUUUCCUGACAGUCUCGCAUCGGCUACCACUGCCUUAUCAAAGCUGUGCAUGUGUAGAAUGUCGGAAUUUCCUUAACAAGAGUACGGGGUGCUUUGCAUUCAGGAAUACAGACAAAACAGCAAGGUGGAGGCAAGUGUGCGGAACAGCUUCAUGGGCUUGAAGGAUCACCUGGGCAAUGACCUCAGCCACCUGCACGUGGACAGCACUGACCCUCAGUUAAGUGCAGUUGUGCCUUGGCCAAUGCCAGAGAAAACAGCAAUGGAUACAGUCAGUGCUGGGAAGGAAGAAAAAGAGGUGUCUGAAGAGAAUGUGAGCUCUGGUGACUCUGAAGAAAGCACAAAUUCCGAUCACGAGUCGGAACAGUUGGAGAGCAUUUCAGCAGAGUCAUGCUUGUUAACCAACACUCACAGACAGCUGUGUAGGUCUCCCUGUCUAGAGCCUCACAUUCUCAAACGUAACGAAAUUCUGCAGGAUUUUAAACCGGAAGAGUCCCAGACUACAUGCAAGGAAGUGAAGAAACCCCCUGAUGUGGUUCGAGAAUACCAAACAAAGCUGGAGUUUGCACUUAAGUUAGGUUACUCUGAAGAACAAGUUCAGCUUGUGCUAAACAAACUUGGUACCGAUGCUUUAAUCAAUGACAUUUUGGGAGAACUUGUGAAGCUUGGAAAUAAAAGCGAAGCUGAUCCAUCAGUUAGCACAGUUAACAGCGUAGUGAGGGAACCGGCUUCCCUGGAAUCUCAAAGGCCUGAAUCUCCUAUGCAAGAGCUUGUAGCAGAUGAUGGGGAAAAUCUGAGACCCAUCGUUAUUGAUGGCAGUAACGUGGCAAUGAGCCAUGGAAACAAAGAAGUGUUUUCCUGCCGAGGAAUAAAAUUGGCGGUGGAUUGGUUUUUGGAGAGAGGCCACAAGGAUAUCACAGUGUUUGUGCCUGCGUGGAGGAAAGAGCAGUCCCGGCCUGAUGCUCUCAUCACAGAUCAGGAAGUUUUACGUAAACUAGAAAAGGAGAAGAUCCUAGUGUUUACCCCGUCCCGGCGGGUGCAGGGGAGACGCGUGGUGUGCUAUGACGACAGGUUCAUCGUGAAGCUGGCCUUUGAGUCAGACGGUAUCAUUGUGUCCAAUGAUAACUACAGGGAUUUGGCUAACGAGAAACCAGAAUGGAAGAAGUUCAUAGACGAGCGAUUAUUGAUGUAUUCCUUUGUCAAUGACAAGUUCAUGCCCCCAGAUGACCCUCUUGGCAGACAUGGCCCAAGCCUGGAUAAUUUCCUGAGGAAGAAACCAAUUGUUCCUGAACACAAAAAGCAGCCCUGUCCAUACGGAAAGAAGUGCACCUAUGGACACAAGUGCAAAUACUACCAUCCCGAGAGGGGCAGUCAGCCUCAGCGCUCAGUGGCUGACGAACUUCGAGCCAUGUCUAGAAACACAGUGGCCAAAACUGCCAACGAAGGAGGACUGGUGAAAAGCAACAGUGUCCCUUGCAGCACUAAGGCUGACAGCGCUUGUGAUGUCAAACGAGGUGCCCCCAAGAGGCAAUCAGAUCCAAGCAUAAGGACUCAAGUCUACCAAGACCUAGAAGAAAAGCUUCCCACCAAAAACAAACUGGAAACCAGGUCUGUACCUUCCUUAGUUAGUAUACCGGCUACUUCUACGGCAAAACCCCAAAGCACUACAUCUUUAAGCAAUGGCCUUCCAUCUGGAGUUCAUUUCCCACCUCAGGAUCAAAGACCACAGGGACAAUAUCCUCCAAUGAUGAUGGCAACCAAAAAUCAUGGAACGCCAAUGCCUUAUGAACAGUAUCCAAAAUGUGACUCGCCAGUUGACAUCGGGUAUUAUUCCAUGAUGAACGCAUAUUCAAAUCUGAGCAUCUCAGGCCCACGAAGUCCUGAAAGGCGGUUCUCAUUAGACACGGAUUACAGGAUAAAUUCUGUAGCCUCUGACAGCAGUGAAGGGAGCAUGAGUUGUGGGAGCAGUGACUCCUACGUGGGCUACAACGACCGCUCCUACGUCAGUUCUCCUGACCCACAGCUGGAAGAGAAUCUGAAGUGUCAGCACAUGCACCCUCACAGCCGCCUUAAUUCCCAGCCCUUCCUGCAGAAUUUCCACGAUCCCUUAACCAGAGUGCAAAGUUACAGUCAUGAAGAACCAAAGUUCCAUCACAAGCCUCCUCUUGCGCACUUGGCUAUGCAUCUGCAGCACCCGGCUGUGGGGGCCCGCUCCAGCUGCCCUGGCGACUACCCCUCCCCGCCAAGUUCAACACACUCUAAGGCACCCCACCUCGGCAGGUCCCUCGUAGCCACGAGGAUCGACAGCAUUUCAGACUCUCGACUCUACGACAGCUCUCCUUCCAGACAGAGGAAGCUUUAUUCCCGCCAGGAAGGGCUGGGCAGCUGGGAGAGGCCCGGUUACGGGAUGGAGGCGUAUGGGUAUCGGCAGACUUACUCCUUGCCGGAUAACUCCACACAGCCGUGCUAUGAGCAGUUCACCUUCCAGAGCCUACCCGAACAGCAGGAGCAGACCUGGCGAGUGCCAUACUGUGCGAUGCCACAGGAUCCUCCGAGGUACCAAGACAGCCGGGAGAAGAUCUACAUCAACCUGUGCAACAUCUUCCCACCUGAGCUUGUGAGAAUCGUCAUGAAAAGGAAUCCUCACAUGACCGACGCCCAGCAGCUCGCCGCAGCCAUUUUAGUGGAGAAAUCCCAAAUGGGUUAUUGAAAGCUGAUGCAUCUUUGUGGUGUUUAGUAGUUUUUUGUUCAGCUUAAAUGCUGAGGGAGGUUUGCUACAAUAGCACAUGUGAUCUUCCCAGCGAGGAGGUCAUGUAGUAUCCAUUUAUGUGAAAUACUGUAUCAUGGAAUCUGUAUUAUAGCCCCACACAGUGGAAAUAUCACAGAUUGUUUUACAUUCAAGCUUUUUUUAACAUUUGCUUUUUAAAACUAUAUCCUUGGCUGGAAGUUUUUCCAGUUUGAUUUAAUAGAUGUAUCUGUGAUCUUUGAUAUUAAUCUUUGGUGCAUCAGGGGUUUAUAUGCAGCACUUUUUAUCCUUGUUUCAUGUUUUAUUAACUGGGAGUUUAACUAUCAAUUGCAAGCAAUUACGAUAUCUUCAGAAUGUGCAACAUUUGACUAGACCUAGCAAACUGGUUUUUUAAGCCAAGCUUAAUUAGAAUCUUUUACAGCUUUUUAAGUUAUUUUUCUUUGGGGAAAGUGGGUUUCUUUGUGCUAUGAUCAUAAUUUAUAGAGACAAAGAUAUACUACAGCACUGACUUUAUAUUUUAAACAAAGUGUAAGUUACCAAUUUAUGUUGAAAUUGGCAACAGUAUAUAUAUAUAUGUAUAUAUAUACACACACACACAUAUAUUAGAAUGAGUUUCAGUAUGGCACUUUUCGUUUUUGUUUGAGUUAUUUUCUGUUAAGAAACUAGUUAAUUUAAUAAGAUUUAAAAAGAAAACAGUUGCAAUCAAUGAAAAAAAUUGUUCCCCCUUUUUUUUACAUGAAUAAGGCAAAAGCCGUCACUGUACAGGUCAGAGCUUUGUUACCCAGCUCUACUGUGCUUCUAGACAGUAGCAAUGGAAUGGGAUUCCUAGGUUUUCCUUAGCCUGUAUUUUCAAUAUGUAUGUCUUUUUGUUUGGGGGCACAAUAAUACUGGAUAAAAUAACCCUUUUACAGUACUGGCCUAUUUUUAAUGAAUCUAAUUAUUCUCAAUGCAACUUUUAUAUUUAAUAUACUCUUUAGCUUUCCUGCUAUUUAUCAAGACUGGCCUGAGUGAAUUUCUGUGUUGAGGAUAUGCAACCUUUAUUGAUAACUGCACUAUAGAAACGGUGAUGAAGAAGUUGUAAAUGGUAACUUAAUUUUUUUUGUAAGAUACUGUAUAUUUUCCAUUUUCCUGAAGGUAGGUUUUUUUUUUUUUGGGGGGGGGGGACCUGUUAUAUUAUUAAGGCCAGAUUCUUGCCACAAAUAGUGUAGUUUUAGAUCCAGACUCAAGUCUGUUCUAGUAUUAGUAAGGGAGAUUUCUGGUUUCAGAGUCAUGGGCUUUGCCGGCAGUGAGUGCUUUCACGCAGGUUCUAGAAGACAGGUUUUGCCAUCAGUGGCAGACAGUUGUGAGAGAGACAUGACGUGGUGGUAAUAGACACAUUCAGCUCUGUUUCCACUGUCUGCCUGAAGGCCCCGGUCCCUGGGAUGAUUCUGUGCGGUCCCUGGGAUGAUUCUAACUGUUACAGUUUGAAGUGAAACCCUGAAAAACCAGAAAGUACCUUUUACUGUUGAUACAAAUUGUAUCUUUUUAACUAUAAGAGCUAUUUUGAUUUGUAGAUCUAGUUAAAACACAAAUGUGUAACUAUGAUUAGACUUUUGGGCAACAUUUUAUCGCUUAUUGAAAUAUAAAUUUUUAAAGUGAAAUUGAGAUUUAGAAUAGGGUAGAAAAUAAAAGUAACAAUUUAGGUAAAUACAAGUGUCUGUCUUAGUUUUAUAUAAUAUAUUAAAAUGUUGAAUAAAUUUAUUGGCAUUUUUCUUUCUCCUAAAACUUAUCUAGUGUGAACUUAAAAUAAAGGUAAAAUGCUGCCUGAAAAUAACGUCCAAGCACCUUUGACUAGGAUAACAUUUUCACUACUUGUGUGACACUGUGUGUUGCAUGAAGUAGGAUUUGGGUAUACAGUAAAUGCUUCUAAAAGGCAUUGUGCAUAUUGACAUAUCCAAUAAUCUGAACCGUGUUCAGCAAACUUAAUUCAGGAAAGUGGUGUUCUACACAAUUAUUGCUGUUGUGUUUGCAGUGAAUGUGGCACUCAUCUGUCCCCUGCAGUAAGACAGGUGAUGCCACCCAACCAUUCUGAGUGGUGUCUGUCCAGAGCGACCCUACUCACUCGUUCUGAAACUGUUCCACUUGAGUCUCUUGGUCACUAUCUGUAGAACAGGUUUAAAGUAGAGGCUAAACAAGUGCCAAAACUAGGGUUACAAAUAAAUCGGGUUACAAAUAUGUAGUACCUUUGUAGUUAUUUUUCUGAGACUUUCUUCUUUUUCGUAUGAAAUCGCUUUUUAAUUGUAUGUGUAGGUUUGACUUCCAUUUUCUUCCUUCUAACGUUUAAAUUAUUUGAAGAUUCUACCAAACCUUACUAAAUUUGUUUGAAAGGCAUGUAAGAAGACAUGGAUGUGAUGCUUUUAAUUUGACUUUCUCAUAUUUUUAAUAGACUGUCACCAUCUUUCUUGAACAGUCCUAGCCCCUACUGCCACACAAACCAGGUGACUAGCACUGAGCUAACCCACUCUCAGACCCUUCAGUGUCAUUCACUGUGCACUCAUCAAGAGUGGUUUUCUUGUGGUCAGGGGGAUAAUAUGUUCUGUUUUUUUCUAAUUGCUUUUUGUCUUGUUUUUAUCAAAGCAGUAAAUAAAAACCAAUUCAGCAUUAGAUUAAGAUCCUAGCUGAUCACAGACCUGCAUUUUAGCCAAUACUUUCUCACUAAUCCCUCUUGAUCAGAUUUGCUAAAACAAAAACCAAAAAUGUAACCAGAAAGAGAGAAAAAGAUGUGCUAAUAAGUCAUGAACUUGCCAGAAGUGAUCAACCUAUAGAAGAAAAAAAUGACUUAGUCUGAAAUAUUCUGCCCCUGAUUGGUGGACAGGGGACUGGAGUUUUCACUGUGAUCAGCAGUCCCUAGUCUGUAUUUCUUAGUCCAGAGGGAACAGUACCCAAUGGCCAAAUACUGGUCUUUUGUAUUUGCACCUGUCUUUCAUGUGAUACAGAAACUUUUCAUCUCAUUUGUAUAAUCCU